AUACAUUUCUACCAUUGCAAGUAAGAAGAUAAAGAGAGAGUGCAAGUAGAGGAUUUGGACUCUUUAUUACUGGCCUGACUUUUUUGACGUCAAGUGAUGAGAAUAUUUCACAGGGAUGAGAAUAUUUCACAGAGAUCAUCCUGACAAGAGAUCAUUUUGAAUCCAUGUUAAGUCGCAAAUAUGAUCAACAAAUUGUAGGAAGGAAAAGAAUUUUGCAAGAUUUGAGUGUAUUAGGUGUACAAGUUAGGACUUUGUUGCAUGAUUAUUCAUGAAAUAUCCAGGGUAUACAGACAUUUUAGGACAGAGGAUCCGAUCUCUUUCCUAGGAACCUUGAUUUUAUACAUUCUAGACAAUUUUAAGGCAGUGUUUAGGUUGAUUUGGAACUAUUGCAGUUGGUGAGUAGGGUUAUAAAUGUAGGAAACUUUCCAUUGCCUCUUGAGAAUCAUUGCUAAAAAUAAGUAAAUAAAUAAAAACUAGAGUUCAAAUGCGUCAGACUGAGAGUUCAUUUUGGGCUUGUCUCGAGUUUAGACCAUGUUUGGCUUCUCUGCCAAAACAACAGACACAACUAACAAAAGCCAAUCCUCAUAUACCCAGUAGCUAACUGUGACAAUAAACCUCUGGAAACUCACUUCUCCGAUUUUCCCUCUAAAACUAACGGAAGAGAACUGUGCUGAAUGGGUCUAACUAUGUUCUCUUUCUAUUUUAAGCAAUUCAUGUCAAUCUCACACUUGGGUUUUUUUCUUUCAUAGUCUUACCUUUGUCCUCACCACCACCUCCUUGAUUGAUCGUGUGUUCUCACGCGGCAUUGUCUGGAUAUCAUCAUCAAACACCCUGCAGCCAUUAACUCUCCGUUAGCUUCGCGCCUCUGCUCUCAGCUCAACAACAACUAUUUGUUACCCAUAUACAUAUGAUCCCCAUUUCUAGCAAUGAAAAUACCGUGGAAACUAAUAACAAUAUCUUGUAUUGUCCUAGUCUUUUCUUGCUAUAGCAUUGGGAAAUGUAAGGCCCAAUCGGAUUAUGACUUCGGUAACGGAGAUGGUGGGAAGGUGGCUGCCCCGCCUCCCGAACAAGACACCUGCAACGGAAUCUACGUGGCCUACACAUUCACGUCGCGUGAAAAGGCGUAUCCGUUUGUGAAGAAUGCUUCAGCGCAGGCAUGGGCGUUUAAGUCUCAGUUGUUGGUUUUGAAUGCGGGUUCAUACGAGCUGAAGGCUUGGAAUGUUCAUGUUGGGUUUCAGUAUGAUGAGAUAUUGGUUGGGGUGAAUGGGGCUGUUGUGGUGGAUGCCGAGGACUUGCCCACGAAGGUGGGGAAGAAUGGGACGACGCUUGCUGGGUAUCCGAUGACGGACUUGAAGACGGCGAUUGAGACUGCCGCGGAUGUUACGCAGAUUCAGGUGACUGUGGAGAUGACGGGGACACAGUUCGGGUUGAAGAAGGGGACUCCGAUGCCUAAGACGAUUGAGCUUGUGAAUGAGGGGUAUAAGUGUCCUGCGCCAAAACGCCACACCACCUCCAUGAACGUCUGCUGUCGCAGGGACCCAAAAUACAAGGCCAAAAAAGAGGUCAAAACAAAGUUCUUGCCUCGCCAAUAUGGCGAUCUCUCCAUCACCUACGACAUCCUCCAAGCCUUCGAUGGCAACUAUCUCGCCCAAGUAACCAUCGAUAACUUCCACCCCCUUGGCCGCCUCGACCACUGGAACCUAACUUGGGAGUGGAUGAGAGGUGAAUUCAUUUACACCAUGAGAGGAGCUUAUACCCACAAAAAAGACCCUUCUGAAUGCAUAUAUGGAAAACAAGGACAGUACUACCAGACCUUGGAUUUCACUCCAGUCAUGAACUGUCAACGAAAACCCAUCAUCUCCGACCUCCCAAAGGAGCGAGCCAACGAUGAAAAAGUCGGCAAACUCCCAUUCUGCUGCCGAAAUGGUACUAUUCUACCAACUAUCAUGAAUGAAACCGAGUCGAGAUCAAUUUUCCAGUUACAGGUCUUUAAAAUGCCGCCGGACUUGAACCGAACCGCCAUGUCUCCGCCGCAGCGUUGGAAGAUCAACGGAAUCCUCAACCCAGAUUACAAAUGCGGUCCACCAAUCAGAAUAGACCCUACCGACUUCCCGGACACGACCGGGCUGGACGCUACUAGCAGUGCAGUUGCUAGCUGGCAAGUCACAUGUAACAUUACCCGGCCGAAGCCAAAACAGUCUCGGUGUUGCGUCUCGUUCUCGGCUUACUACGCAGACUCUGUCAUCCCUUGCAACACGUGUGCGUGCGGAUGUGAAGAGGAGACGAUGUGUAAUAAGAACGCGCGGCCGUUACAGAUCCCUCCCGAGGCUCUGCUCCUGCCUUUCGCGAACCGGACCAUGAAAGCCAGGGCUUGGGCAGCUCUCAAGCAUCUGACCAUCCCCAAAAAGCUGCCCUGCCCGGACAACUGUGCGGUCAGCAUCAACUGGCAUGUCGAUACCGACUACAAGUCGGGUUGGACGGCCAGGAUGACUUUAUUCAACUGGGAGGAAUACCCUUUCAAGGACUGGUUUGCCGCGAUACAGAUGAAGAGAGCCUUCCGGGGCUACGAAAAUGUGUAUUCCUUCAAUGGAACAAAGCUGCCUGAGCUCAACAAUACUAUCUUUUUCCAAGGCCUGGAGGGAUUGAAUUAUUUGAUGGGAGAGACAAAUGGGACUAAUCCAGCAAAGGACCCGAGGGUGCCUGGAAAGCAGCAAUCGGUGAUUUCGUUCUUGAAAAAGCGUACUCCAAACAUAAACAUAGCGCAUGGCGAUGGAUUUCCAACGAGAGUGGUGUUCAAUGGGGAAGAAUGCGCAAUUCCUCCUGAAUUUCCAAAGAUAAGUAUGGCGCAACAGCCUCGUGUUUGCCUCCUACCUGGAAUUAUUCUUGGAAUUGUGACUUUCGUGCUUGUGACGGAUCACUUCCAUUGAUAAAAACAUUCAGAGUUUUCUCAUAGGGUGUAUUAUUAGCUUUUUUGAGACAUUUUUAUACUGUUAAAAUGUAAUUUUAGUUGAGAAAAUAUCAGCAUUGUGUUGUGUUCCUCAUACUCUACAAGUGUUCUCAGAUGAGGUGAUCGUAAAAAGUUGAGACAUGCACUAUGAUUGAUUGUAUGAAAUUCUACAUUUCUAGUUGCUUUUAUAUACAAAUGAACAUGAUUUU